CCGUUCUUCGUUCCCAGGGUUCCGUGAGAGCCGUUUGCCCCACCCCACCUCUUCAACGCUAUCUAUCUCAAUGUACAAUUCUCAGAGAAAAAAGGGGGCAAAAAUAAUUCAGAGUAACGCCGCAAAGAAAACGACUCUCAUUUCCCCGACCGGUUCACCGGAGCAGACGCGGCCUGUCGGCGGUAACGAACAAACGUGUCGCCGUCGGACCAGUGAUUGAAAACACCGCGGUAUGUUCAUGUAUCAUGCACAUGUAACCAUAAUCUACCAUACGGAUUCAAAGGGAAUACAAAAAGCUGAGAAGAGACUUGACAGCGGGCUGUACCUGCGCCAAACGGGGAAAUAACGGAGGAUUUUCCAACGACUAUCACCUGGAUAUCGCGUUAUAUUCAAGGACAUCCCAACUGCCAAAAUCCGCCUUUGCUCGCGCGGAGAAGCUUUUCCGAUGUGAGGAGAAAUACAAAUUAACGUUACAGAGAGAAAAAGGACGGAGAAGGGGCCUCUUUUUUGGGUCUGGUCAAACCCUCCGACAAAAAGCAAGCACCAGCAUCUGUUGACGGCGAGAGGAAAUAAUUUUGACAUCGGCUAAAAACAGGAUAUUAUUGAUAAGGUUGCUAACAUCAACGACGACAGCCCACCUCCCCUCCCCAAAAUAAAACGGUGUAUAUAAUGUGACGGAUUUGAGAGACGGUUGUGAUAGAGAAAGAAGCCCCGGUGUAGCCUGAUGAUUCACAUGCCGUCAUUUUAAGAGGAAAUAUUUAUUUUUUAUUUUUAUUUUUCCUCAUCCGCCCUCUGAUGUGCUUUGGUGAGGUGGAUUGCAAACUACCCUGAUAGAUAAUAACCUUAAAUAUAUAUUGGAAGAAAAAGGUCGAAAAAUAGGGGUUGUGAGUGGAAAUGAAUGGCAGUGUGAGAUAUCUGCCGAAGAUGGGUUCCGGAGGAGACAUUUGCUAAGAAAAUUAAACCUAAUACACUGAAAACACACACACCAGCCUUUAUAUUUAAAGCAUCUGUAAGGAGACAGGAGCACCGUCGUUCAUUCAUGUACAUUGCAAGGCUGGGGAUUUCACUCUCUCAUAUCAAUGUUGAUGACUUCAUUGCGGAUUUACAGUGAAAAACACAAGAAUCGUCUGAGAGGGCGGCAUCGUUGCUCUGCUCUUGUGUUUUUUUGAGUGAUCUCUAGGUGAUAAAUCGCCAGUAAAUAGCCACAUCCAUCCAUACAUAUCGUGCCAAAGCCCUGGUGGAGGCCACCGUCUACUUACUACCUUAACAGGUUUACAUCUUGUCUCAUCUGGCAACAUAAAUGUCACCCAUUUUGAGCCAGGUGUUCCUCUGUUGGGCCAGUCUAGGAAUUUAGGAUUGAUUGAUUUUUUUUCCUUCUGAUCAACACCCUCCCUCCUUCCUCCCUCCCUGCACCCACCUACCCACCCAACCAACCACCCACCCACCCUGCCUCCCCCCUGAACCUAACACUGGGUUUUUGGGAAGAUGGGCUGUCUUGGCAAUAGUAAGACCGAAGACCAACGAAAUGAGGAGAAGGCACAGAGGGAAGCCAACAAAAAGAUAGAGAAGCAGCUCCAAAAAGACAAACAGAUAUACCGGGCGACUCACCGGCUACUACUAUUAGGGGCCGGUGAAUCUGGGAAAAGCACGAUAGUCAAACAGAUGCGAAUAUUGCACGUUAAUGGCUUCAAUGCAGAGGAGAAAAAACAGAAAAUACACGAUAUUAAAAACAACAUUAAAGAAGCUAUAGAGACGAUUGUGUCCGCCAUGACUACGCUCACACCGCCAUGCCAGUUAGCCUGUCCUGCAAACCAAUGCCGAAUCGAUUAUGUCCUGAACCAAGCAAACCAGAAGGAUUUUGAGUUUCCUUCGGAGUUUUAUGACCAUGCAAAGAUCCUCUGGCAGGACGAUGGGGUGCGGGCCUGCUGGGAAAGGUCCAACGAAUAUCAACUCAUCGACUGUGCACAGUACUUCUUAGACAGGAUCGAUGUGGUCAGGCAGAAUGACUACACACCCACUGAUCAGGACCUGUUGAGAUGCAGAGUGCUGACAUCUGGGAUCUUUGAGACACGAUUUCAAAUAGACAAAGUCAAUUUCCAUAUGUUUGAUGUUGGAGGUCAGAGGGAUGAACGUCGAAAAUGGAUCCAGUGUUUCAACGAUGUGACAGCCAUCAUCUUCGUAGUGGCGAGUAGCAGCUACAACAUGGUGAUCAGAGAAGACAAUCAGACCAACAGACUACAGGAAGCCCUCAACCUUUUCAAGAACAUCUGGAACAACAGGUGGCUACGGACCAUUUCUGUAAUCCUCUUCCUGAACAAACAGGACCUGCUCGCUGAGAAGGUUUUGGCAGGGAAAUCUAAAAUUGAGGAGUAUUUCCCGGAGUUUGCACGCUACACUACACCUGAUGAUGCAAUACCAGAGCCAGGUGAGGAUCCCCGCGUCACAAGGGCAAAGUACUUCAUUCGGGAUGAGUUUCUGAGGAUCAGCACAGCCAGCGGGGAUGGACGGCAUUACUGUUACCCCCACUUCACCUGCGCGGUCGACACAGAAAACAUCCGCCGCGUCUUCAAUGACUGUCGCGACAUCAUACAGCGGAUGCACCUACGGCAGUACGAGCUCUUGUGAUGGGCAGCGGCGUCUGGCCUACGUAUCUACCUACCAACCUACCUAUCUACCCCCCCACCCCCUCCCCCACUCCCUACAACCAGUUAGCCAAUCACCCCCUCCACUUCUACCAACUUCACCAAACGACCGAGCCCUCGCCUCCAUCUCGAUACAGCUCCUACAGAACUUGUCCCACACAACUCCAGAAAAACAGUGGAAAGAGUUUUUCUAAAAAAAGGAAACACAGUUAAGGAUCCACCAACAUCAUCUUCAUCACCUAUUAGCCAGGACUGACUGCUGUACUCAGCUACACUUUGACCCAGGAACGAGGGUCAGGACUGGAACCCCUCAGUGCAGGCUCUCCCUCCUUUAGCUCUCUUUCUCUCUCAGAUAUAUCAACACACACACACACACACACACACACACACUCGCAGGUACACACACACUACAGCGUAAGACAUGCACAACCCUUCGACAGGUUUUAAUGUCUCAUAUCUCACACACACACACACACACACACACACACACACACAGAUCCUUUAAAAGUCCUCCUGCUUUUAACAGUUACAGAGGCUGAAUUAAAUAAUGCAUCCUGAGAGAGAGGAGUUUAUUCACCGCGUGCUGAAGACGACGACGACGGAGGAGGAGGAGGAGGAGGAGGAGGAGAAGAAGAGAACGAUGGACACGGAGGGUGGCAAACUGAUACAGAAAAGGGCUGUGAGCCUUUUUUUUGUUGCCCGAACAGACGGACUAAUUGACUAACGGCUGCCUGUGGACGUGAGCGUGACUCGAACAUAAGACCACACGGCUCACAUGACCCGCUCUUCAAGAACCCCGAUCGAGGAGGGAAGGCAGAAAACAACAACAAAAAAUGUCGAGGAAAAAAAAAAAAAAAAGAAA